UACAAUGAAUAAUGCUUUACGUGCGAAAUGUAAACUAUGCAACUCAAGAUUUACGAACAUCAUAAAAGCUGUCGAAUGGUGUUUGUGCAACCUUUAUGAUGAUGCAAGCUGCUCUGCUUGUGGUCGGAUCUGCUGUCGUGUUUACAUUUGCUGGGCAUCGGAGAUUUGAUUACUGUGCCAGUUCCCAUCCUGGCAUCAUCUAUCAUCUAUGCCGAAUAUCGGGCAGCAAAAUUAUAGAGCUCUCUCUCUCUGGGAGGAUGUAAAUGCGAUUUCAUUUCUGCCGCUUAUGGUUUAUAGAAGAUCACUUGCUGCAAUAAAACACUUAAAACGAUGACGACGGCGGUCAUUUGGCCUCAAGUGCGAAUCAGAGUGAAUCUGAAAGAGGUUUCAUAGGGAGAAGAGGGAGGAGAGCAUCGGCUACAAACGCCGCCAAUAAGCACUGCUUUGCAUGACGAAUAGAAAAACUAACCCAAAAGUCACGCUAAUAGUAAAUUGAGCUCAGUAUUCAACACUCAUAACAUAGCUCGAAUGAUCUAUUCCAACAUAUGCCAACUGUGCAGUGGUUAAAAAGAUUCAAGUAAAGCCUAAAAAAUACCCUUUUGGACUCAUAAACCGCGCAACAUGUUUUAUUGUGGAGUGAUUUUUCUUUUCUUAAUUUUGCUGGUCAAAGGUGACGCUGCAAAAUCACCUUUUUCAGUUGAAUUAAAAAAUAUUUCCUGUGCAGUUCAGGAUCCCACUUGGAUGCUUCAACUCGACUGCAUAAUGCAUAAAAAGCGCAUGUAUCCACAAAUUUCUAUGCACCUUCAGCUAGCUCAGCCAGUGAAUGAAUUGAACAUGCUCUAUCAUCUGCAAAUUGUCAAAAAGGAUAAUUCAAAAAUGACUGUUGCUCGUCUUAAGCUCGAUGGCUGCAAACUUCUUUCUUCAUUUUACAGCAACAGUAUGCUUGGGAAGAUCUUUAAGCGCAUUCAAAGUGUCAGCAAUCUGCCUAAGAAAUGUCCACUUCCUGCAAAUAACCUUUUUUGGAUACGCAAUUAUACAGCAUUGCCUGAAGAGUAUCCUCCAUUUGCUCCCGCCGCCACAUUUGUUAUGAGUCUCAAGAUGGAACGACGGGAAACAAUCAUUGCCGAAAUUAUUAAUAUAUUCUCCAUUAUUUAUUAAAUAAUCGUAAAUUCAACGCUUUUGCUUUAAAAUACAUACAGUUAAAGUAACUAAAAUUCCUAAUUUUAUUAAAAAAUUCAAAUUCGAAAUGUCAAAAAAUGCAAUAUUUAGUUUUUUAUGUAGAUUAAAUUAUUAUGAAUUUCAAUUUCAAUAGCAGAAUUAAAGUUGGCAUUUAAUGAACUCAAAUUUAAUCAAUUAACAUAAUUUGUUGUUCAACUUGUAAAUUAAAAAAUUAAAAUUUACCAUAAUGUGACUAUACGACUAAAUUUCCACAAUAUAUAAUA